AUGAAUUCUGAUAUGAAGAGAAAUCAGAAGAAGAAAAACCCUAAACCCGUUCAGACUAACCCUAACUGGUCACUCCUCCAACAAAAGCUGAAAUCUAAUUCUCAUAGCACAGGCAAUAGAAAAUCGUCAAAUAAUGACGACUCAGAUAAUCACAGGUCUAUAUUAGGGAAGAGGAAAGAGAGACCUGAUUCAGAGGUGGAGGAUGUUCCUAAGAUUAAUCCAUUAGCUCCGGUCAAUGAUGAUACUAGUUUGACAGAUGAAGUGGCUAUGGAUUGUGAAAUGGUUGGUGUCAGUCAAGGAACCAAAAGCGCCCUUGGACGUGUUACCUUGGUAAACAAAUGGGGGAAUGUUCUAUACGAUGAGUUUGUACGUCCAGUGGAACGUGUUGUUGACUUUCGAACGCAUAUUAGUGGCAUUCGACCUCGAGACUUAAGAAAAGCCAAAGAUUUCCGAGUUGCUCAGACCAAAGUAGCGGAGUUAAUCAAGGGAAAGAUUCUCGUGGGACAUGCUUUGCACAACGAUCUCAAGGUUUUGCUGUUAACUCACCCGAAAAAGGACAUAAGGGACACAGCAGAGUAUCAGCCCUUUCUCAAGGACAAAACAAGAAAGUCUUUGAAACAUCUAGCAUCUGAGUUUCUAGGAGCCGACAUUCAAAACGGAGAGCAUUGUCCUAUUGAUGAUGCAAGAGCGGCAAUGCUGCUUUACCAGAAGAACAGAAGAGAGUGGGAGAGAAACGUGAAAGACCAGACACGGAUGAGGCUGAAACAAAAGAAGCAUUUUCGCAUCAACGAAGAAGACGACGACGGAGAAAUGCGAGUGAUGAGAUCAUUGCUUCAUAGCUCUAAAGCCGGAUUUAUUUUCCGGUUAAGCUCUCGUCGGAGCAUCUUCACCGGUUGUCGUGCAGUGAUGCUGCCUCGCUUCGGCGGCCCUGAGGUUUUAGAGCUCCGGGAGAAUGUUCCGGUGCCGAAUCUCAACCCUAACGAGGUCCUCGUCCGUGCGAAAGCUGUUUCCAUUAAUCCUCUCGAUUGCAGAUUACGAGCAGGAUAUGGGCGUUCUGUGUUACAACCGCAUCUACCUGUUAUAAUUGGACGCGAUAUCAGUGGUGAAGUUGCAGCUAUUGGUAAUUCAGUUAAAUCGUUUAAAGUAGGGCAAGAAGUUUUUGGUGCGUUGCAUCCUACUGCGUUGAGAGGCACUUAUACUGAUUUUGGGAUACUUUCUGAGGAGGAACUUACUGAAAAGCCAUCAUCUGUUUCUCAUGUGGAUGCAAGUGCUAUUCCUUUCGCUGCGUUGACUGCUUGGCGUGCUUUGAAGAGUAAUGCUCGGAUACUCGAAGGACAAAGGCUAUUAGUUUUUGGAGGAGGAGCAGUAGGUUUUGCUGCAAUCCAGCUGGGGGUAGCCUUUGGGUGUCAUGUUACAGCCUCUUGUGUUGGUCAGACCAAAGAUAGAAUACUGGCAGCUGGUGCUGAGCAAGCUGUUGACUACUUAACCGAGGACAUUGAGGUGGCAGUGAAGGGAAAGUUUGACGCUGUGUUGGAUACUAUUGGUCGGCCUGAGACCGAGAGGAUAGGCAUAAACUUCUUGAGGAAGGGUGGGAACUAUAUGACUCUCCAGGGUGAGGCUGCAUCAUUAACUGAUAGAUACGGUUUUGUGAUUGGGCUUCCGCUUGCAACUUCACUCUUGGCAAAGAAAAAGAUACAGUAUCAGUAUUCUCAUGGAAUAGACUAUUGGUGGACGUAUAUGAGGGCUGAUCCUGAAGGUCUAGCUGAGAUUCAACGGUUGGUUGGAGCCGGAAAGCUAAAGAUACCAGUGGAAAAGACAUUUCCGAUAACCGAAGUUGUAGCAGCUCAUGAAGCCAAGGAGAAGAAGCUGAUUCCUGGUAAGGUGGUUCUAGAGUUCUGA